AUAAAGGCUCAAAUGAGGCAUUAACCAUCCUCAGAAACUGGACAGGUGAUGCUGGCAGUAUAGCUUAAGAGGUUUACUGAGAAACUGUUUGGAGGUGUUAGGAGGGUGCAGCUGGAGAUAAAAUAGGUCUACACAAACAAGUAGAACGUUAUUCUUCACUGGCAUCUCAGAUUCUAUCACCUGAGCUGCUUGUAGUAGACAAAGACCAGGCUUGAUUGAAGUUUAAAUUUUGUAAGAUCUUAAUAUCAGAAAAUUCGAUUAAAAGGCCAGUUUAGGUAGAGAGUUUUCUAAUCUCAGCAGUUGUUUCUGUCAGUAGUGGUUAAACCAUCAGUGUCAGAAUGUGCUCAGGAGGCUUUGCCAAAUGUCUGGGGAUCAGUCUGAUGCCUCUGUCCAUUAUAUGUGUUCUGUGCAACAUCCUGCUUUUCUUCCCCGGAGGAAAGUCUGUGGAUAGCGACCACAUCACACUGCAGGUCUGGUACUUUGGAGGCAUUUUAGGAUCAGGAGUGCUGAUGAUCUUCCCAGCUCUGGUCUUCCUGGGUCUGAAGAACAAUGACUGCUGCGGUUGUUGUGGCAACGAAAGCUGUGGACGGAGAUUUGCAAUGCUGAGUUCUAUACUGUUUGCAGCUGUCGGUGUUGUCGGUGCUGGAUACUCAGUUAUUGUUUCUGCUGUGGCCAUCAACCAAGGACCUCAGUGUGUGGUUAAUGCUACAACAAAUCAGUGGGAAUAUCCCUUCUUAAACGGAGACUAUCUGUCCAACAAAACUGCCUGGGAUUCUUGCAAAGAGCCGCCUAACGUGGUGUCCUGGCAUCUGUCUCUGUUUUCCGUGUUGCUGGUCAUGGGUUUGAUCCAGAUGGCGCUGUGUGCUGUGCAGGUGGUGAACGGCCUGCUGGGAGCUCUGUGUGGGGACUGCUGUGGCUGCUGUGGAGGGAGCGACGGCGCUGUCUGAGCACCUCCUGUGGCUGAACACGGCUGUUUUUCUGUAUUUAUUCUGGUUUUAGAGGUCGAGAUUUAGCCUGCAUUCUGUAGAAAUAAGUUUCAGGACAUGAGCUCAUUGAUCACGGUGUACGACUUCUAGAAAAACACUGUGGAAAUGAUAAGAGUUCUUUAAAGGUUUCCUAUUUACCCUCUAGCAAGCAAUGAUGACUCCGUCUGCUUAAUAUUAAAUCUGAAUGAGCACCUGCUGCAACUAAUUUUCAACACUAAUGAGUGUAAUUAAUGCAACAUUUAUUUGUAUCAUUCUUUGGUCAUUUAGUGAUUCUGUAGAGGUUGCAUUGCUUUAAAUAAUGACAUACAGAUCCUAUUUUUGAUUUGCCAUAUUCAUGGAAAACAUCAUCAGGAGACAAAAUAGGAUCACAAGAUUGCUUUGAAUAUUUUAAAUAUUGCAUUGUUUUCUAAUCUAGACAACCUCAAGGAAAUGAGCAGGUUAUUAAACAACUAAAUUACAUUUUUUUAAAAAAUCUGUUUGCUACCUGCCCUCUGCUGGGCAAUAAGUAUAAAACCAAUCUGUAACAACUAUCUGUAUCUGCACCUGUGCUAAUAAAAUCUGGUAUCUUCUUCUU